AUGGAGAUCAAAAGCAAACCGAGGGGGUUUUACGGCAGAGCCGGCGUCGGCAUCGGACGCAGCAGCAGCAGGAGCAAGAGCAAGAGCGGCAACAAGAGCAUCAGGUCUGCAUCCAGCGGCCGUCGGGAAAGGAGCAACAGCAGUCGCCAGACGUCAAAGCCUAUGGAGUUUGUCCCCGUCCACACGCCCGAUCGGCCGACGCACCCAGUCACCGACAUACCAUCAGACGAGGAAUGUUAUGCAAUUUUCUCAGGGAUCCAGGCGCACAACAUUCAGGUGCAGAGUCAGGAUUCAGGAGCGGAAAGGAGGGUGGCGACUUGGAUUCUGAGAGGUGACCCGGCUCUGCCUCAUGCAGAGAGCCUGACGCUGAGUCCGCCUGCCCAGAGGAGAUCCGUCUCGACGGAAUCUUCGGGAGGUACUAUGGCUUCAGCUGCGGGAAGGACGGUCGGCAUCAAUAAUAUUAUGAAUGAUUUCGAAGACCGUCGUCCAAAGACUGCGCCUUCACCCAGAAGCACUACGGAUAGUGCUUUCUCAUCUAUUGUCCCAGUGUCUCCGGAAAGUACGUAUCGGAUGCAGCCAGAAGUCAUGGCAUGGCCUGGAAGUGUUGCUGCAAACACGUUUCAACUCAUGCGUCAGCAACUCUCACCAUCGCCUCCAGAAUCAGAGUGUACGCCAGGUCAUGCCGAACAGCAGACUUGGUCUUUUCAGGAGACAGCAAAAAGCUACUACGACUGUCCGGGCAUGCUGCCCAGCCCGGCUGCGUCUCUCUCGAUACCCUCCAUAACCCCGGCGCUCAGCAAGCAGGUGUUGUCGCUGUAUAAUCGCGAGUCCGUCUACCCGGACGCAUUGACGCCCACUCGCUGGAACACGGUAAACAGCGGUCCCAGGUCAGCACCUCCUUUCCCAGGACACGUCAUGCCUGCCGCCGCCCCACCCAGGCCAUCAAACCAGACGCAGAUCGCCUGCACGACCAAUGGCGAACAGAUCUGCAGACUCUGCCGCAGGCCGGGGAUGAUGGGCGGCGGAGCGCUCUGCCUGCGGUGCGAAAAUAGCUACCUGCCGGUGACGAGCGGCGUGUUUGGCGACAACACCCACGCCUCGCCAGAAAGCGACCAGGAGAGGGGCAGGGUCAGGAGGCGGCAGGACGACAUGGAUGGCGACAACGUGCAAGAGAAGCCGUUCAGUCUCGGCCCGCCCCCGCCCCGCCGAAAGGGCCUGGGCAGGACGGCCAAGCCGUCGCCGCGCGGGCAGCGGGGGCAGCGAGAAGACAGCAGCAGGGAGGUGUCUCCGACGCCUGCCAGGGUGGGCAUCGCGCGCGGCAUCAGCAUCAAGGCCGCCAUGUCGCCCAGAAAGAUCCAGCUCAUCAGCCCUGGCUUACGCCCUGGAGACUUUCCUGGGUUUCCAAGGGCGCCGGGCGAGAGUGGCGGUGCUGCAAAGUCGCUGCCCAGUCGCGACGCUAGCGUCAUGCGUAGGGCUGGGCUAGCUAGCCCACUUCGGUUCAACGAGGCGUUGGAUCCGUUGCAGCGAGACGCGGCUCAGAGGGAGGCGCAUGAUGAAGAUGCAACAAACCGUGAAGACUGGACAGAUGACUGGGAUGGUUUCGACUACUACUUUGAACCCAAAGAGACUUCUGAGCGUAACGAGGGGCAUCUCGCUGCCGCAAUCCAUAGACAAUUACCCGACGUCGACGAGUGCAGCAGCGGAUCAGAGGACCAAGACCAAGUGCCUGCUCUUGAGCCCUCGCCCAUCUCCCCAAUCCUUAGUAAGCUUCGUCGCAGGGAGGAGGAUAGGACGCUGAGAUCGGAUCAGCCGCUGGUUCGCUUCUUCAGGUCACCAGAGCCUGCUUUCUUCUGA